CCGCCGUUUGACUUGAUGUUUGUAUGGUCGCCUGGAAGUUGAACCGGUCAAGGUCUGGUUUGCUUAUAUCCGUUUUAUUGGCUGAAAGUUUGAAAUAUAUUGACCAAUCCGAGUCUUCUCACGCCGCUCUGGAAAGGUGCAUUAGACACAGUGCCAGGAAGCAAGCAAGCGCUAUUCGUGCCGACCGACUCCAGUUCGCGGAAGACUAUUCGCAAUCUCACCUGAUCCAGCACACACACGUAAAACACUAGACAAAGCUCGUGUUUCCAGCCGAGAGAGAUCUCACACUAGGAGUCGCAAACACCGCGGCACGGGGACGCCGACAGUCAAGCUGGUUGAGUCGUCUCCUUCUCGCGCGCCAAGCAUGUACAUGCGCUCGGACUUUGCUGCACUUCGUGUACGGAAAGAUGUGAACGAGGUGAACACACUCUUUUGCGCUGAUCGACUGUGCGGCCCGGUUGAGGUUUUCUGACUAGGCGAUUCUUUUUCUCCGUGUUCUUGUUCUAGCUUGCCAAGGCCAAGUUCACGUGCGCCCAAGCAAGGACUCGCGUGGAGUUUCCUGAUGGAGCAAAUAAUAUGCUGCAACUGAUUUUUACGAUCUCGAUCAUUGACUUGUCGGGUCCUUUUGCCAACGGCGAUUUUACUUUCUUUGUGGAUAUCCCAAAGACGUACCCGUUUCACGCCCCCAGCGUGAGGUGUCUUACGAGAGUGUGGCAUCCCAAUAUUGAUAUUGCGACGGGAAAGGUUAUGAUGCCAAUUCUUGGCAAAGACUGGCGCCCUGUGCUCAGCAUCAACACUGUCUUGCUUGGAUUACAGUUGAUCUUUUUGGAGCCUGGCAUCGACUAUAUUCUCAAUCCUGCGGCAGCGGAGCAACUGCACCGAAACCCAGAACAGUUUAAGAACGAGGUUCAACAAAUUCUCUGCGGAGGAAGAUUCUACGGCGUUGACUUUCCUCCACAUCCUCGGCAAAUCGAGAUACAGCGUCAGAGUUGGGGUCUACGAGUCAAGCGGCCUCGCGACGACGAAUCUCCUGCCGCGAGCAGUGAAUGGGAUGGCAUGUCAAGCCCGAAUACUAGUGAUGCUAUCGGUAUUGAAGCGCCAGUGCUUAUGGAUUGCACCGACGGCUCUGCUUGGAAAAGGUCGCGGCUCGAGUAGUUUCCACUACUUCCCGAUUUUCUUUAAAUUUCAUCACUUUUUUUUAUUUGCACACAGACUCUUGACACAAUUGAUGACUGAGAGAUCUGAUUGACCGAUGGGCAAAAGAUAUUUACUGGAUGGCAUUCAGACGAAAAAAAUCUCAAUUUAUUUCACAACAGAUAACACCUGAAUGUAGAUCGAAUGUUAACUAAAGUUACAGUCUGUAACAUUCGUACCACCCUGUAGCUUACAGUUCCAGGGCGAAAAUUUGAGAAGGCGUA